AAUCAGAGAACGGCUAAGCUAAUCUGCGGUGCGAAAGAAAAACAUUUGCCAGAAAAUAUGACGAAAGUUGUGCUUAUUAGCGUGGCCUUUUUGUUGGCCACCGCCAGCGCUGCGCUUGCCGACAAUGGAAUAGAAGAGUUUGACGAUACGGCCCGCUACGCGAUUGAGGGUAAAGUGUAUCCGCCGGAGCUGUUCGGCGAUGCGGACCUUUCCUGGCAGCUCGAGACACAGAUAUCGAUUAACGGGGGCGAGUACAAAGGGUUUCUCCGGGAGGACGGCACUUUCGUGAUUAGCUCCGUACCGUCGGGCAGCUAUGUGGUGGAAAUCAUCAACUCCGACUACUUUUACGAGCCAGUUCGGGUGGAAAUAAAUCCGAAGGGCAAGUUCCGGGCCCGGAAGCUGAAUCAUGUGCAACCGUCGCAAGUGUUGCAGUUGCCGUAUCCACUGAAACUGAAGGCCCUGACCCGGUUCCGGUACUUCCAGCAGCGUGAACAGUGGAAAAUUACUGACUUCCUGUUUAAUCCGAUGGUGCUGAUGAUGAUUCUGCCGCUCGGCAUAAUGCUAAUCUUGCCGAAAAUUAUGAGCGACCCGGAAACGAAGAAAGAAAUGGAAAAUCUCAACCUCUCGAAGAUGACGAACGAAAUGCCGGAAUUUAGCGAAAUGAUCACAUCGUACUUUACACGCGGCUCCGCUACGGCUGCAGCGAAUGUUGCGAAGGAGAAAGAAAAAUCUAAGCCCAAACAGAGCAAAAAGAAAAAUUAAGUGCAUUUAUCCAUCGUUCCUAGGGUUGUUUUCGGCGGUGUGUAGCGAAAUAACGCGAUUUUUGUCAGUCAGUUUCGGAUCUGUGAAAAUAAACGUGACAAAACAUGAUGGUAACGAACCUUUUUGAUAUCUAUUUCUCGGAACAACAAUUUUAUGCUUCAAACGUGGUUUAAAAGUGUUCGUGUCGAGCAAUUGUUUAAU